UAAAAGGCGAUGCGCUUUAAUUCAACCAGUCAUGUCCAACUGACUAAUUAGUGAGGUGUUGUAACAAGAAUUUUAUAUAUAAAAUACGAAAUUUAUCUUUUCUUCACGUACGAAUAAAAUAAGUGGCAGGCGAUGGAGGGAAUACACCUAAUCGCCAUCGCCUUUCUGGCAUUCGGGACCGUGAUUCCCGCAAAUAAAUUACCUUUUGAAGCUGAAUACGAAUGUCCAUAUCCAGACGCUUGUCCUACAAAAUUAAUACCUCACGAAAGGGAUUGCGAUAAGUAUUAUGAGUGCAGAGAAGGUCAGAGGGAAUUGCGUUAUUGCAACAGCGGUACUUACUUUAGCAAAAAAUGGUAUGGUUGCGUCGCACUGGAGAUUUCGGAUUGUUAUUCCCGUCCGACCCCUCCGACUCCUUCGACUCCUCCGACCCCUCCGACCCCUCCAACCCCUCCGACUCCGCCUCCGAUUCAUUACAACUGCGAGAUAAAUGGCGAAUUGGUGCCGCACGAAUGUGUAUGCACUAAUUUCUACGAGUGCAAAUAUUAUCGAAAAGCUCUACGUGAAUGCCCGCGCGGCUUCUACUUUAACAAACCAACGAGGACUUGCGAACCUGGAAAUUGCAACACGACUCCGACUUUGAAUCCGCCCGCGUGCACGGAAGGCGAAUUAAUACCUCAUGAGUGCCAAUGCGAAAAUUAUUACUUGUGCAAGGGCGGUCGGAAGGCCUUGCGUAAGUGCCCUGAAGGACAGCUCUUCGACAGAAACUCGCGGACUUGCAUUGUUACUAACGAAUGCCCAGGGGAAAAACCAAAAAACUGCACAAACGGUGAAACGAAGAAACAUGAUUGUGACUGCGAUAAGUAUAUAAAAUGCAUUAACGACGAUUGGUGGUUAGAGGUUUGUCCAGACGGAGAACAUUAUAGCAAGAAGGAGAAAAAAUGCGUGGAUAAAUAUCGCGCCAACUGUGCAGCUGGUAUAUGCCCCCCAAAUCCUCCUUCAAAAUGGAAUCACGAAUGCGAUUGUAGAUUAUUUUACACGUGCGUAAAUGCAACGAAGCAAAUAAACGAAUGUAAUUGGGGAAACUACUUCGAUAAAAUUAAUCUAAAAUGCGAUGACGCGGCAAAGGUGAAGAAAGGCACAAACUGUACAAAUUCGUGGGACACGUGGCUGCAGUAGAUAAUCGCAUCGAUUUUGAAAAAAGCAUAAAAAAGUUAAGAAUGACGAGGAGAUAUCUGAGAAGCAAAUUACACGCUUGCUAAAACUAUACUGCUAUUUUUGUAGGAGUAGAUAAUUUUGAUAAGAUAUUUUAAUAAAUCUGAUAAUCUGAGAUUGUAUUGAAACGUUAAUUAUUACUUUGAUCACCUGAUAGAGAGUAUAGUAUGGCAGAUUACGAAAACAUGAUUUGUUAUUUCCAAUUCAAAUAAAAUAUAACUUAUGAAAAUAAAAA